AUGUUCAACUAUUUUUUAAAGGGAUUUAAUAAUUGCAAAAAUAAAGUUGAUGUUGACCAUUUAAGUAAAAAAUUUUUAAAACACAUUUAUAAUUUUAAUGCAUAUGAAAUAUCAUUAUGCCUAAAUAAAUUUUCGAAAAUAAAUUAUAAUGAAAAAGAUUUUUGGAAUAGAGUUUGUAAAUUAAUCACAUCAAGUGAUACAAAUGUUUUGACACGGUUUGAAGUAGUGAAGAAUAGACAACUGUCAAAAAAUGCUGAGAAUAGGAAGGGAGAAAGUAUAGAAAACAAUCAUAUAAAUCAAAAUAAAAACUUCCUUAACAUUUUUAAUAUAGAAGAACUGUGUUUACUAGUAAAUGCAUUAGCAAAAGUUAAUAUAAAAAAUGAGGAAAUACUAAAAUUGGCUUCAAACAAAAUCAUGAACGAAAUAAAUAUUAACAAACAUGCCAUAAAUCUGUUGAAAAAUAUUUCCGAGCUUAGUACUACUAAUGUAGAAGGGGCUAGUAUAGUAAGUAAAAACAUUUCAGACAACUACAACAAAAUUAAUACAAAUUUAACAGAGAGAGAUAUAAGUGCGCUUAUCCAAUUUAUAUUGUUACAAAAAAAUGCAAAAAAAAACAAAGAAAAUGGUGGAGAAAAUGAUGGAGAAAAUGGUGGAGAAAAUGGUGGAGAAAACGAGUUAGAAGCAAAACUUAUUGACAGCUUGCGUAAGGUUAAUUAUAUUAGUGAGCAGAGUAUUGCUUUAAUUUUAAAUGCAUGUAGUAAAGGUUAUGAAAAAAAUAAAAAAUUAUUAGAUGUUCUUAAAGUAAUUAUAAUAAUGAAAAUAAAAAAUGAAGAUAAUAAAUGUUCUGAUAUAUUUAUAAGUAGUAUUACACAUUCUUAUGCAUCAUUUUAUUAUAGAGAUAAAGUUUUAUUUAAUUUAAUUUCAGAUUAUACUUGUAAAAAUAUGAACAGUAUAAAUAUAAAAUCGCUAAUUAUAAUUUUAAACAGUUAUGUUAAUAUUCAUAUUAUAAAUUUAAAGUUAUUUAGUGCAGCUAUAGAAAAGCUAGCUGAUAAAAAGGUCAUACAAACUUUGUCUAAUCAAUGUACAUCAAACUUAGUUACAAUAUUAACUAAAUCUUAUAACUAUUUAGAUCGACAAAAAUUGGAAUACAUCUUUAAGCAUAUUAUAAAAAGAAUAAAAUGGGAAUACACAAAAUAUUUAGAUAUGAAAAAAAAAAAAAAAAAAAAAAAAAACAUAUCUAAUUAUUCUCAAAAUUAUAGUGAAAAAAUAGAAAACCUAUUUAUUACAUCCUUUUUAAUGAAACAUUUGACAAACAUACUAAACAACCUUAGUAAGUUAAACUAUGCUGAUAAUGAUGUGUUUGAAAUAUUUACAUAUUUAAUUUUAAAAAAUCAAAAUGAUAUAAAUAAGUUAGAUUUUAUGAAUAUAGCAAGUGCAUAUUCAAGACAUGGAUAUAUAAAUAAAGAAAUAUAUCAACUUGUAAAAAAAUAUUCGAAAAAAUAUAUUACUUGUUCUGAUUUAAAAUAUGUAGAAUUUAUUAAUAUGUUUACAAGUAUUGCAAACUUUUACUUGGUUGAAAAGAAUGACAAUUUCGAGUUGGAGAUACAGAAAAGGGAUGGAAAUUUACAAAAACAAAAUGAACAUCUUAAAAGCAAAUUCAAAGACAUUCUAAAUAUGAUAAUAAAUAUGCUUAAAUUGAAAUAUGUUGAUAAAAAUGAUAUGGCAUCAAAGGAAGGAGAAGAAAAGAUAUACUCUCAAGAAUGUAAACAUAAUAGUGAUCAAAAAUGUAAGUCAUAUAACAAUUGCAUUAUCAAUGAUAAAAAUAUUAUCGACAAUUUAAGUAUAAACCAUUUAUGUAGUAUUUUAUCAACCCUUAGUAAAUUAAACAUUCAUGAUGAAGUUAUUUUUAAAAACAUUUUAAAUAAUUUAAAAAAAAAAAUAUUUAAAAUGGAUUCAAAAUGUUUGUCUAUAUAUUUAUUGUACAUAAGUAAGUUCAAUAUAACAUUAGAUACUUACAUAAAAUCGGUUUUAUCAAAUUGUUUCAUAACUACACAACGGUCUAUGAUUUCAAAAAAGGAAUUAAAUUAUGGUAUCCCGAUUGAAGACAAACAAAAUAUUGCUUUAAAUAAGAUGGAAAAAUUAUAUGAUCAACUAAAAACAAACGAUCUAGUAAAUACAGUGUAUAUAAUUAGAUGCAUGAUAAAGAAUGAUUGGGAAUAUAAAAGUAGUAUGCCAAUAAUUUAUAGAUACUUAAAUAAUAUUUAUAAAAUUUGUAAUAAUAAGAAUGAAGAGAAAUUACCAAACCUUCCUAGUAUUAUCAAAAUAGAUGAUACAGAUAUAGAUGAAAAACAAAAUAGGACAAAUCGAAAAAUGAAUAUCCAUUGUUCAUCUAUAUUAAUAAACACAUUAAUUAUUUUAAAUACACAUAUAUAUAAUAAUGAGCAUUAUUCAAAAAUAGUUAUGUAUUUAUUAUUUUAUGCAUUUAAGCACAUUUAUGAAUUACUAGAUCUUGGUAUUCCAAUUAAAAAAGCAAUAUAUGAGGAGUCUGAUAAACAAACGGAUUAUAUAAAAAAUGUAAUAAAAAAAAAAAUGGAUUCAGCUAGUAUUCGACAAAUAAAUAUGGCUGCUCUAAUGAUAUAUCAUUUUACACCAUUAAACAAAUACACUUUUAUGAGCAACCAAAUUAAUUGUAAUAAACAUAUAUCAAGUUUAAACUGUAACUUAAAUAACUAUCCAAAGAUGAUAUUCCCUUUUUUAUGGUUUUUUAUAAAAUAUGCAUCGUAUGCUCAGUUUGAAAAAUAUAACUCUAUAUAUAAUUCCAUUACAAGUGAUAAAAUUUUAAUCAACUAUAAUUAUGACAACAAUGAUUUAUAUUCUAACUUUUCUGAAGAUAAAAUUAAUGAAAAAAAAAAAAAAAAUAUGGAUAAUAACUUUUCUCUUAUUCCCCAUGUUUCCCAUAAUGAAAUAAGUAUUUAUUCAACCAUUUUAAACGUUUUAAAAAAAAAAAAAAAAAUGGAAUAUCAAGUUUUUUCAUCAUUUCCGAUUUAUCUCUACUCUAUCGACAUAUUGAUAAUGCCACGCCAUCACAAUAUUCAAAAUUGA